AUGCCGGAUAGUCGCUGCACUAGAAAUGAUUUAGAUGAACAAAUCAAUUGCUCAAUAUCGGGCCAAUUGCUACUAUCUCCACAUACAUUAUAUAUAACAAUGGAUACAGAUUUGAAUGUGUCGUCAACUCAGAAUGUUAUGGACACAGCUACUCAUCUUGGUCAGGUGGAACCAAAUGAGAAUGCUGUAGUAAAUCCAAACUCAAAUAAUAAUAAUAACGCAUCAAAUAAUGGAAUAACUUUAACUUCACAGACACACACAGAAUUACAGAGAAAACAAUUUAUACAAAAACAACUUGUAUUACUAUUACAUGCACAUAAAUGUCAGAAACGAGAAGAAAAUGAUAAACAACAUACAGGCUGUAAUAUAUCACAUUGUAAUACAAUGAAAAAUGUUUUACAACAUAUGACACAAUGUCAAAACCAUCAAACAUGUCCAGUUCCACAUUGCGUUACAUCAAGACAAAUUAUAUUACACUGGAAAAACUGCAAGAAUACACAAUGUCCAAUAUGCCAAAUAUUAAGAUCACCACCAGCAUCACUAACACCACCACAUCACCAGAAAACAAGUGCUAAAGAAUGGUCGAAAUGUGUAACAGCUGAAAUGCGUAAUGAUCUAGUACAAAAAAUUAUAUCAGCAUUAAUACCAACAGCAGAUAUAAAUGUAUCUUGGGAUGAAAGAAUGAUUAAUUUAGCUAAUUAUGCACAACGUAUUGAAAAUGAAACAUAUGAUAUAUCUAAUAAUCAAGAAGAAUAUUUUCAUAAAUUAGCUGAAGCAGUCUAUAAAAUUCAUAAAGAUUUAGAAGAUAGACGCGAAAGGAUACGUCAACUAGAACAACAACAACAACAAACAGGUAAAACAAUAACAACAACGUUAUCAUCAACAUCAUAUACAGAUCCAUUAUCAUCAGGACAUAAUAUAGGUUUAACGGACGGCUUAGCGGGUGAACAUGGUCCACCAAAUGAUGCUGCAUCUCAAUCAGAUAUACCAUCAUUUUCAUUAUCAACACGUUGUACAGAUGUUUUUGAUUUAAAUGACUUACUCUUACUUUUGUGA